CACGGUCACACUGACCCCCCAAACGAGUGAUUUAUAAAUAUUGAAGGCAGGGCGAUAAUUUUCACCUUUCGUAGCGUUGUGAGAUGCCAGCCGAAACCCAGGACUGCCUGUGAGUGUUCGGGAUCGGGUCGAGAACAGGAAGCACCGACGCAGGGCAAGCGAAAGGACUCCGAGCACAGGAUUAGCAGAGAGCACGGCCAGAGGCAACAACAAAAGACCCCGAGAAGUGACGCCAUUUUCUGUGCGAAUAAAGAGCAGGUGGGGCGCGCAGCAGAAAACCCGAUAAAGCCGUGAUACUUAUUGAAAGGCCAGCAGGAUGAGCAGCCUAAUCAACUUCCUCAACCCGAAGCUGAAGCCCUCGGUGGAGAGCGAUGCUGUUUGCGAGGAUGGCUACACGGUAGCCAAUCUAAUCGCAGAUGAUGUCGAGCAACUGGAGAGGGGAUUUAUGUGCUUCGCCGUGUGCAAACCACCCGUGGAGAUCGUCUUCGACUUUCCCAAGGCGGUGGACAUGAAGGUCAUCAAGUUGUGGCCGUCCUGCGGAGCCCUUCGGUCCACUGCCUUUGAACUCCACGGACGACACGAUGGAAUUUGGGAGCGAGUGGCCUUUGUAAGAGACCUGGGACGCGGCGUGGAUUCGGUGACGUUUUGCUACCAGAGCGACUACAACUCGAGGAGCGCCUCCAACUCGGAGCAGAGCGAGAAGGUGUUCUUCUUCAAGUCCGCGCACAAGAUCCUGGCCAACACAAAUAGCGUGAAAGUGGUCAUUAGAGCCACUGAACGGUGUCCUCCGGUAUUGCGGAAGGUGCAGAUGUGGGGACUGCCCGCUCGUUCGCUGGACAAAGCCGAUCGGGAGCUGGUCAAGAGCAUCUGGAGCGAGAUAAGCGAUCCCUACGGGCAGAGGGAUGCCGCCCAGACGCCCACGGGUCAGAGGUCGCCUCCCAGACAUGUUCCCGAGCUCAGGGAGCAGUCCUCACUCUCCAUUCCCGAGGAGUUCCUAGAUUCCAUCACUUGGGAGCUAAUGAUCUUUCCCACCGUACUGCCGUCUGGAAAAGUGGUGGACCAGUCGACCAUAGACAAGCACGCCGAAGAGGAGGCCAAAUGGGGUCGUCAGCCGUCGGAUCCUUUCACAGGACUCGAGUACAAUGCGCAGCGCAAGGCCAUCCUAAACUUGGCUUUGAAGGCGCGCAUCGAAAAGUUCCUUAUGGAGAACUCAGAACACUUUAAGGCGGUGCCGCGUUCCCUAGGAUCUUCCCGCCUGCGUCGUCGCCACGCCUCGCAGUUCGCCAGCAGCACCUGUCAGCCGGGCCAGAUCAGUCCGGCUGCAGGCACCUAUUCAGCACUAAGCAACGCCUACAAGCAGCAGCAGCGGAAGAGCAGGGCCACCGCCACGGCCACAUCCUCCUCGUCGGCAGCAUCCUUUGGCGGAUCGCCGCACUCGCCGCCGGCAGCCAAGAGAGCGAGGCACAGCCACCAUGGGAGCGCCUGUGCCACCGUGACCUCGGCCACGACCUCCAUCGACCAGGCCAUCCAGCAGGCGCUGCAAAAGGUCACGCGCUUCAGCCAGUUGGCACCGAACUCCGGCGCUGGCUCGACGGGAUCGUCCAAUGUUCCUCCUGCCAGCUGCAUAAACUGCCGGAGCGCGCAGUUCGGAUACGAGAUCCGCACCUGCCGCCAUCUGGUUUGCCGAGAGUGCCUGGUGCUCCUCUCGCGCGACCAGCAGUGCGUCUGCAAGGUCUUCUUCCGGGGCGCCGACGUGGAGCGGUACCACAAGCUGGAUCCUUAAGAGCUUCCCGUACUUUUCCCGGUCGAUCUGCAUUGAGUCGACCGCUGCAAUAAGUUAGGUUCUCCCCCACUUUGUUCAGUUCGUAAGCCAGUCAAUCGCUUUAGCCCCUAGGCCUCGUCUACGUUAGUUUAUAGUCAUAUCAGAGUCGGUCUGGUCGCAGAAUCGCAAAGGAAGCCAAAUGUGUACACGCGCGAGUCUUUCCCGAUUCGGCAGUAUGUAUCAGUAUCAGGUCACGUUUAGUCAUAGAGCAGAUUACGGAUUACCGAUUAGCAAUAGAGAGUGCGCGCAUAGUUUUUGUAGACACUUUAUAUACAGUCCCCAAAAGACAGGAUCGUUCAGCGCGAGUUUAUAUAUUCAUACCAAUUAUACCUAGAAUAAAGUACAAUAAAACUUAA